AUGAAUGACAUGGACGCGCCAUCUGGGACAUACUGGAUCAAGCCAGAUAGAGAAGCAAUCUAUGUUUAUUGUGACAUGGAUACACACGGGGGAAUGUGGACCCUGGUCUAUCGCUACACAUUUAGGAGCUACUACACCUUCAACACCGUAACCAACGCUGUAUUCCCUCGUCCUGGCUGGCCUGCAAGCGAUGCUGAUAUUCAGAUUUCAGAAAAUUCUCCAGCCUUUGGUCUAGGCGCCGUCGAUUAUUCCCUGUGGGAGUACAUCGGUGGAAAUUUUUUGAUCCAAUCAAACAUCAACGAUUGGAUCUUUUGUAGACCCAACAGCGGAAGUUUGGUCACGCCAAUUAAUGGAACAAUUGAAUGUGAAAAUAUCAAGAACAUAGCUUCCAAUUGUUCAGGAUUCGCGCCAAAACAAAUUGUUUGGACGUCAUGUGGUCCUAGGUUAUUUGGUCAAAAUACGAUGUACUUUUUCGAUGGUUCGUCUACUUCGUGUUGGCCAAUACAUAAUCCUUGUAAGGAAACGUGGAUGGAUAAUCAUGAGAAGGGUGUGGAAAAUCCUACUGGAUUUAUCUUUCUCAGACCUUAA